AUGCGUGUCCCUCACAACAGUGAUGUUCCUGUUCGCGGAGCACCAUCCUCCACGGUCAGAGGAACUGCGGCAUUGAACGAAGCCGCCACUUCUAGCUACACAGCAUUACGAAGCGACUUGCUUAUUCCAGGGCGAGGGCAGCCCAUUGAGCAUGGAGCAUUGGUUAUCAAAGAUGCUAAGAUCGAAUGGGUUGGCGAGUUCACAGGCCGACCGUCCAAGUACGGCAGUCUUGAUUUCAAGCAUGUGCCGGUACUGAUGCCGGGACUAUGGGAUUGCCACGUCCAUUUCGGCGGAUGGGGUCUGGGAUCCGGCACUAUUGGUGAUCACAGGACAUUGCUGCCAGGCGCUCAAGCGUUAGCUGGUGCCGUCACUGUCGACGAUCUACGACGUACUCUAGAGGCUGGCUUUACGAGCGUACGAGAGCUCUCCGGGUACGCCGGAUAUCUCUGGCCCGGGAUCCGAGACGGUUACAUCGUCGGGCCAAACGUAUACUCCUCCUUAACAGCGCUUUCCAUCACUGGUGGUCAUGGCGACGUCCAUGACCUCCCAAUCUGCGCCGUGCAUGGCUUUGGCGAAGCUGGCGGGAACUACCAACUUUGUGACGGUGUAGACGAGUGCCUCAAAGCCGUUCGGACAAUGGUGCGUAGGGGAGCCCGUUGCAUCAAAGUCUGUUCGUCUGGGGGUGUUCUUAGCCUUGAUGACGACCCGGAGGAUCGCCAGUUCUCGGAUGCAGAACUAACGGCCAUCGUAGAGGAGGCUUCUCGCUCAGGCCGCUGUGUCGCUGCUCAUGCCAUUGGCAAGGCCGGCAUCUUGGCAGCUCUCAGGGCCGGCGUCACUAGCAUUGAACACGGCUGUUAUUUGGACGAAGAAGUUGCAGAUAUCAUGAAGCAGAAGGGCACAAUCCUGGUAGCAACUCGACACAUACAGGAGAGCCUCUUUCUAGACCAUCGGGGAUUCCCCGAGCCCGUUGUUGAGAAGAUAAAAAAGAUCGUGCCUCUGACUCGGGCUAACUACAAUCUGGCUGUUAAACUAGGAGUUAAGAUUGCCCUGGGGACGGAUUCUUGGAAUAGUAAAUCGGGAGAGCGCCUGUCCCAUGGCAAUAACGCCAUGGAGUUGACGUAUGCAGUCAAGGCCGGUCUCAGUCCACUCGAAGCCAUUGAGGCCAUGACUGCCACAGCCCCGGACGUUCUGGGAGGCAAAGCGCCUAAGAGUGGUCAGCUGAAGGAAGGGUAUGACGCCGAUAUACUAGGCGUAGCUGGAAACCCAUUACAAGAUCUAAGUUACCUCACUGACUCGACCAAUGUCACACAUGUAUGGAAAGGUGGCAAGCUAUACAAGUCAUCUUAA